AUGGAUCCACAGAGCAGUAACGCACAAAACACAGAUGAUAUUGAAUUUGAAGAUGCUGAAUUCCAUGCCGUUCCUGAUGCUGCUGAGCAUUUGAGGAAUCGGACAUCAGACGACCACGUUCUAUUAGACGACCAGACCAAUGAAAGAUUGUAUAUUCCUGAGGUAGCUUCAUCAUGUGUUCCUGUUAUAGGAAUGGAAUUCACUUCCCUAGAGCAAGCAUAUGAGGGGCAUAAACCUAUGGCUUUUGAUGAUCCUUAUUCGAAGUUGUCUAAGCCAUAUAAAAGUAGGAACAGGCCGACUAUUCGAACCGGGUGUAAAGCUCAAAUUAAGCUUUGUUCGACGGAUGGGGUGUUGUAUAAGGUUGAUAAGUUUGUUCAAGCGCAUAAUCAUUCAUUCGUGUGCCCCAAAGAUAUGCAUUUAUUACCGGCCUAUAGGCAUCUGUCCGAAACACAAGAAGAGAUGAUAUGGGAUCUUGGUACAUUGAAUCUUGGGCCAGUGAAAGCGUCCAAUAUAAUGAGACAAAGAUACGGAGGUUUUGAAAAUGUUGGCGCAACUAAAGACGACUGCAAUAAUUUUAGAGCUAGGAUACAUAGCUAUAUAGGAGAGUAUGAUGCAGAUAUGGUUAUAAAUAGGUUGACCGACAAAAAGCAGUUUAUGGUUGAUUAUUCAUUUGCUGAUGGUUUGUGCAAACGUAACUAUGCUGAGUUUGGAGACGUCAUAUCGUUUGAUGCUACAUUCAAAACCAACAAGUAUAAAAUGGUUUUUGUACCCUUUACUGGUAUUGAUAACCACUGUCGGAAUGUGACGCUUGGAGCCGGGUUGCUAGCAUCCGAAAGCAUUGAAUCAUACAAAUGGCUGUUACAAUCAUUUUUGGACUCAUUUGGUAAGCAGCCGAAGGUGGUCGUCACUGAUCAGGACGGGGCGAUGAAACAAGCUAUCGAGGCCGUGUUCGAUAAGAGUAGGCACAUAAUGAAGAAAGUUGCCAAUAAGUGGAUUCCAGAUUUCUAUCGUCAUGAGCCUAUGUCUGGGCUCAUGCGGACCACCUCCAGAUCAGAGAGCGAAAACCAUUUUUUCUGUCAGGUGGCGAAUUCUCAACUUACCCUUGUUGAGUUUUUUAACCAUUUUGAUGGUGCAAUGGACGUGCAAAGAUUCAACCAUCGAAAAAAUGACCAUAUUUCUAGAAAUACAACCCCAGAUAACUGGUCUGAAACUACGUUAGAGGAUGAUGCUAUGAAGAUUUACACCAGGUCCAUCUUUGCUGAUCAACAUGCAGAGUUAUAUGGAACACUGUCUGAGUGUCUUCCUAUGGAGACUAAAAUCGAGGAACCGUUCUUGAAGAUAAGUAUGAAGGAUUGGAAAGCCCACAGUGACGGUUUAUUAGAGGUUUGUUUCAAGAAGGGGGAGGAUGUAAUUGCAUCAUGCAGUUGUCGCAGGUUUGAACAAUAUGGAUUGUUGUGCAAACAUAUAUACUUUGUGUUCAAGAUGUUCAAAGUUAAAGAAAUUCCCAACAAGUACGUUAUGAGAAGAUGGACCAAAGAUGUGGUACCGAAUGAUCUAAAUAACACAUUUGAUUUAAGUGUUGAUGAUAAUGAUGGGCAUAAAAAGGCCAAAGAGGUUGCGUAUGAGAUAAUGCAGACCGGAGAGUAUCUUAUUGGUAACUUGAUGAGAGAUUUUAAUCAUCUAGUUAUAGUCAGGGAUCGGAUGAGGGAGAUGAAAGAAAUGGUUGAUGAACUUCGCAUAACCAAGCCCAUCGACCCUAAGUUUGAUAGAUAUUCAAGGUUAAUCGGUUACAAGAAACCGAACACUGAUGUUCCACCUACGGUUCGUGUGCCAACCGGUAUUAGAAACAAAGGUCGCGGUUCUCAUAAGCGGAUUAAAUCAAAAAAAGAAAAGAUGAUUAGUCUAAAAGGCAAGAGAAGUCGGACAUGCAGUGUUUGCAAUACCAAAGGUCAUGAUAUCCGAACUUGUUCAGUUUUAAAGGGUCAAGCUAGUGCUGCCGAUAAGAAGGGGAAGAAAAGAAGAGUAACUCAGUUGGAGACUGAUCCUGGUUUAGUAGACGAAGAGGACGAGGAGGCAGAAACUGGUGAGGGAGAGGAGGAGUAUGAGGAGGUUGACAAAGCAGAUGAUAGUGAUUCUGAAUGGGAAGAGCUAAACGACGACGACGAGUAA